CUCUACGCGCUAUUGCAUGGCAUCUAUACCGGCAUCCUUGCUGCUUACCCUGUGGAAUAUAUCCAUCAACAAAUGCUGGUCAAUCCGACGAGCUAUGGUUGCCUUUAUCACACUCCUCUAUACUCUGAUUACUAUCGAUUUUGGUGCCAGUUGGUCGCAUAUACACUCCGCAUUCAUCGAAAGCGGGCAAAGUUUUUGGGCUGCAUAUUCCAAUCUUUAUGAUAUCCAAGCAUCUUAUUGGGAGACGUGUAUCACUGCUUCCAUUAGUACCAUUCUCGCAGACUUAUAUAUGAUUCGGUGCUGCUGGAUGGUCUGGGGACGACGGUGGCUUGUUAUUCUGCUUCCAAUAAUUUCCCUAACUUCUGCAAUCGCAUCAAAAAUCAUGGUAGUAUAUUACGACUAUGCAGAUGGAUUUGUGGGCAUAUUUCCUAUGCUCUAUAUAUCCUUCAGUCUAGUGACGACAUUAUCAUGCACCUUGCUUAUCAUUUACCGCAUUAUUACUGUCACCGGGGUUCGCCGUGGAGCUGAGGGUCGACUAAGAGUUUAUCACUGUUUCAUUGAAGUCCUAGUGGAAUCCUCAGCUCUCUAUUCCAUAACUCUGAUUCUAUUUUUGGCUUUCACUAUUCGUGGCAAUUUGGAAGCAAAUUACCUUGAUAUCGUAGCUAGCAUCGCGAAGGGGGUUGCGCCCACGCUACUUCUUGGUCGGGUGGUGGCAGGACACACGCGGCCCAACGAUGACCAUGAUGAAAGUACGGUGUCGACCCUUCAGUUCCGGACACCUUCCGGAGUUGGUACGCCAAGCCUUCAAGAAUCCACCAUGCAGAGCGCGGUCUUUGAAAUUGGCAUUGAAGCUCAACCGGAGCGGUACAGAUGAGCUCGUGGUAGUUGUUGAAGGGACACAAUAGGGCUCACGACGAACAUCUCAGACUCGGGUUAAGACUUUGGACUAAAU